AUGUCAUGGGACGGAGGAAUCACGCCCAAUGGCACAGAAGGACAGAACUUCUACAUCCCUAUGUCCAACAGGACUGGGAUCGUUAGAAAUCCUUUUGAGUACACCCAGUAUUAUAUGGUAGAUCCAAUAACCUACAAGAUUCUGGCUUUCUACAUGUUCUUCCUGAUCUGCACUGGAACUCCCAUCAACGGUCUGACAUUCCAGAACAAGAAGCUCCAGACACCUCUCAACUACAUCCUGGUGAACCUGGCAGUGGCUGGGCUCAUCAUGUGCGCAUUCGGUUUCACCAUCACUAUGACAUCUGCCCUCAAUGGAUACUUCAUUCUUGGACCAAGAUUCUGUGCCAUGGAGGGAUUCAUGGCUACACUGGGAGGUGAAAUUUCUCUCUGGUCACUGGUAGUGCUGGCUGUUGAGAGAUACAUUGUUGUCUGCAAACCCAUGGGAAGCUUUAAGUUCAGUGGAACUCAUGCAGCAGCUGGAGUUGUUUUCACCUGGAUUAUGGCCUUCUCAUGCGCUGGACCCCCAUUGUUUGGCUGGUCCAGGUACCUCCCUGAAGGCAUGCAGUGCUCCUGUGGACCAGACUACUACACUCUAGCUCCAGGUUACAACAAUGAAUCAUUUGUCAUCUACAUGUACAUAGUUCACUUCUUCAUCCCUGUGACCGUAAUUUUCUUCUCAUAUGGAAGCCUUGUGCUGACUGUCAAAGCUGCUGCAGCUCAGCAGCAGGAGUCAGAAUCUACCCAGAAGGCUGAGAGGGAAGUCACACGUAUGUGCGUCCUGAUGGUCUUUGGCUACCUGGUAGCUUGGAUGCCAUAUACAACCUUCGCUGCUUGGAUCUUCCUCAAUAAGGGCGCUUCUUUCUCACCCUUGACAGCAGCUCUCCCUGCCUUCCUUGCAAAGAGCUCAGCCUUGUACAACCCUAUCAUCUAUGUGGUGUUUAACAAACAGUUCCGUACCUGCAUGAUGAGUGCCAUUGGCAUGGGUGGCGCAGUUGAUGAUGAGAGCUCAGUAUCUGCCAGCAAGACAGAAGUCUCCUCUGUAUCUCAAGGAUAAUAACCUUACCGCUUUGGACAUCCUCAUUGCUGGUGUCUUCCUGAGUCUGGAUGGCCGUCUUCAGCCUCUUAAUGAUGAUGACUGGAUUGAGUCUCUGGACAUUUUCUUUACUUGCUGCUUCCAGAUUUGAAAAAAUACUUUUCAAAUAUGGAUUCAUGGCUUUGACGGACUCUGGACUGAACACACUGAGGAAUUCUAUCUGAUUUGUAAAUAUAUAUAUGUGUGAAAAGAGCAUUUGCUGUGAAGGUUAUAUCAUGCGCAGCAUUUGUCCAUGUGUGUGUGUGAGAGAUAAUAUGAGUGUGUGAGACAACUGCAACCAACUGUACAGCAUUUGAUGGCAACCCAACCCUUAUCAUAGCAACAGUA